AUGGCUACUGCAAGUGAAGACAAUCUGACCAAAGUGUCUACGGAUGCUGCCACCGAAUUCGUCCAAUCAUUCUACCCCGCGCUCCAAAACAAUCGCUCAGCAAUAGCCUCGUUCUACGAUCAGACUACUUCUACGAUCCUUUUCAACGGAAAUGUUGUCGCAGAUGGAAAUGCGGUCCAGGAAAUUUUUGUGAACCAGAUGCCCCCGGCGCAUUACGAGGUGCAGUCCUUUGACUGUCAAAUCAUCAACCGCGCCUAUCCCACUCGCACGGUGGGAGGUGGUGUCAAGCUUCCCAAUCAGGCAACAAUCAAGGACAUGUCUAUUUUGGUGAUUGUCAGUGGAUACGUGCGAUUUGGGGAGUCUAGGGAUCUCCCGCAACGAGGGUUCAGUGAGACUUUCGUGUUGGUGCCUAAUCCUUCUGCAGAUGGCCCCAAGGGGAAACGCAGAAGAGAGUGGCUUGUCCAAACCCAGAACUUCCGCCUUGUCGUUUAA